CAGCAGCACCCUCUGCGUCUCGAGCGCGUGCACGCACGGUACGCACUCUGACGUAACCAGAACCCCAAAGAUGGCGGCGUUAGUAGCGCCACGCCUGUUUGGCUGCUUUUCAACAAGGCCUAUUUCAGUGUUUGCUGUUCAUCAGAAGAGUCUGCACAACAGUGCAAAGAGCAAGAAUACCACCACAAGCGUGGUUUCAGUCAGAGAGAACAGCACAGCAGUGGCAGCAGCCACGCCAGCAGCUCUAGCCACCAGCAAGGGGGAGUAUGUCAUCACUAAGCUGGACGACUUGAUUAACUGGGCACGCAGGGGCUCUAUGUGGCCUAUGACCUUCGGCCUGGCAUGCUGUGCGGUGGAGAUGAUGCACAUGGCGGCACCUCGUUAUGACAUGGACCGAUUCGGUGUGGUGUUCAGAGCAAGUCCCCGACAAUCUGAUGUCAUGAUUGUGGCAGGAACGCUGACCAAUAAGAUGGCUCCAGCUCUGCGAAAGGUGUACGACCAGAUGGCUGAGCCAAGAUACGUCAUUUCUAUGGGAAGCUGUGCUAAUGGAGGAGGCUACUACCACUACUCCUACGCUGUCGUCAGAGGUUGUGACCGAAUCGUACCGGUGGACAUUUAUGUUCCAGGUUGUCCCCCCACUGCAGAGGCUCUGCUCUACGGGACUUUACAGCUGCAGAAGAAAAUCAAACGUGAGAGGAAGUUGACGAUCUGGUAUCGAAAGUGAAUGUGUUGUGUGCGCUUGUAUCUGGUAUGUAAAUGUUCUAUUUUAGGUUUCUUUUGGAGCGCUGCUCCUCAUCCAUGUAAAGCUGUAGAUCUAACAUCAAUAAAGCCAAUGUUGUGAAUUACA